AUGACAUUAGACAUUUUAAGCUUUAUCGACAGCAAGGGGGGGAACUCGGAGGAGAUCCGCGAGUCGCAGCGGAAACGUGGGCACUCGGUCGAGUUGGUAGAUGAGAUAAUCCAGAUGUACGCUGACUGGGUGAAGAUGGAUUUCGAUACCAAUGUAUUGAGGAAAAAAGUGAACGAGAUUCAGAAACAAAUAUCGGCAAAGAAGAAGGCAAAGGAACCUGCAGACGACUUAGUCGCUGAAAAGAAAGAGAUUGAUGCCCAAGUUGAGGCUAAGAAGAAAGAGGCCAAGGAAUUCGAGGCGCUGAUGCGCCAGAAAGCCAGCACGGUUGGCAACAUUGUUGGAAAGGACGCGCCUGUGAGCUUGACUGAGGAUGAUAAUACUAUAAUUCGUAUUUGGGAUCCUACAGGCGAGGUCGCCGAUCCUGCUGUACGAGAAGGUAUCAUGCCUCAUCAUGAAGUCCUUCUCCGCCUCGACGCUAUGGACUUGGAUCGGGGCGCUAAAAUUGCUGGUCAUCGUGGAUACUAUCUGACUGGUGAUGGUGUUGACCUUAACCAGGCCCUCAUUUCGUAUGGUCUUGACUACCUGAAAACCAAAGGCUUUAAGAAAAUCCAGCCUCCCUUUUUCAUGGCCAAGGAACAAAUGGCAAAGACAGCUCAGCUCGAUCAAUUUGACGAAGAACUCUACAAGGUCAUUGGCUCGGAUGACGAGAAGUACCUAAUCGCCACAUCGGAGCAGCCUAUCUCGGCCUUCCACUCGGACGAGUGGUUCGAGAGCCCGGAAACCCAGCUGCCUGUCAAGUACGCUGGAUACUCGACGUGCUUCCGCAAAGAGGCUGGAUCGGCUGGGCGUGAUAUGUGGGGCAUCUUCCGAGUUCACCAGUUCGAGAAAGUUGAGCAAUUCGUGAUCACUGACCCGGAAAAGAGCUGGGAGAUGUUCAACACGAUGAUCGAGAACAGUGAGGGAUUCUACAAGAGCCUGGGACUGCGCUAUCGCGUAGUGGGCAUUGUUUCGGGCGCGCUGAAUCUGGCGGCGGCGCAGAAGUACGACCUCGAGGCAUGGUUCCCAUUCCAACGGGCGUACAAGGAGCUGGUGUCGGUUUCGAAUUGCACGGAUUAUCAGAGCAGAAGACUUGAGAUCCGCUGUGGAUUGAAAACGAAAGAGCAGACAAGAAAGGUGUAUGUGCAUAUGCUGAACGGAACGCUUUGCGCAACUGAGCGGGCACUCUGCUGUCUGGUCGAGAACUACCAAACACCCGAAGGCCUUGUGAUCCCCGAGGCUCUGCGGCCAUACAUGCAAGGUCGCGACUUCCUGCCAUUCGUGAAGGAACUGCCCAAGGGACUGCAGAAGAAACAGGCGUAG